CAUGACGAAUCUCGAUAAAAAUGAAUUGGCCAAAAUUGGGAUUCAAUUUGGUAAUUUAGCCCGCAAGUGGAAUCCAAAAAUGCGUCCUUAUAUUUAUGACAAAACCAAAAGCAAAAUCCAUAUCUUAGAUCUACAAAAAAUUGUUGUUAGUUGUCAAGGA